CAAGAAUGUCAUCAGAAAAUAGAUGAAGUAGAAGUUGAAUGAGCCCUCAUUUUUACUAGAAAAACUAUGAAAGAAAAAAGAUUCCAAGAACCUUCUGCAUAAUAUGACGAGUUCAACAACAACCAUCAUGACAGCCAUCAUGUGACAGUAACGGAAAACGAGCCGAAAAAUGCGAUCUCUCUACUUCUUCGUCGCCACCCUAGUGGUGGUUUCAGGGAAAGUGAAACGGCGUCGCUCACAUCGUGAUACUGAUGCAAGCAAUGGAUUUAUGGCAAGUAUAUUGAAUGCAUGAGGUGGACGUGGCCCGGAACUCGUUGUAUCUCAAUCUAAAAAAGUCUAACAGAAACUAAACAAUCUAGAUAGGUUCGGCUAUUUUUAGAUCGUUUUAUCAUGAAAAAGUACGUUUCAGUCUCUAUGCAUGUUGUAUAAUUGAUGCUUUUUCUAAUAAAACCGACAAAAGCAUCAAGGGGUCAGAUGCUCGAAGCUAUCUAGCACAUACACGGGAAGCUUCGAGUGAAGAACGCAGAAAGGAAGAACGGAGAAAAAACAGGAGGUCUUUUCGUGGUUCGAAAACUGCAGUCUCGUCUGAGGUCGAAACGCGAAAAACAGCAUCAAGUGAUGAUACUUUUCCAUUACGGCUAGUCCUCGAUAAUUUGUCUACUACACCUCAUUUAAUUACGUGCUUCUCGGUUGUAUUAUUUCCUCUGCUUUGGAGGAUCUAAGGAUAGAUUUUUGCAGGGCAACAUGAUACUAAUAAAUUCUCAGUUCUUAUUAUAAUUAUGUAUGUUUAAUAAAAUCUCUUCGCGAGGAGAUAUCUAGCUCGUCUAACGAACGACGUGGAUGAUGAACAGGAAGACUAUAGCACUACCUCUGUAAUAGAGCUGCUCUCAACGCUGGUAGUUGAGCCUCUCAUGUUAAGGCGACCGCUCAAUAAUUUGUUCUCUCUUCCUCGUCGAUAUAAGGAGGAUGGUCGUGCACUUUACUCGUCCCAAACGUUCUAAGUGUUGAAAAAAGAGAAACAAUAUUCAAAGAGUACUAGCAGUAUCUAAGACUCAGAAGAGAUUCAGGGAAGUCGUAGGACAAUUCCGAACCGACUAACAUCAUCACUAGCAGUAUCUAAAGCGCAAGUUUACCUUUGAAAUUGACAUUGAGGAGGACAGUGACGUGGAGGAGAACAUGGUCCUUGGUUCUUCUUCUUCUCCAUGACUACAUAUUUAAAAGGAGCAAAGAAGCACCUUCCAACUGAUUCUACCUCAUGAAUGGGCUAAAAACUUGAUUUUAAAUGUUGACAAUAGAUUUUCGCGCUAUAGGUGGAGCUCGAAAACAAAAUAAUUGUAGAGCUCUAAUCCUGUCCGCGCCUUUGGCGUCCUCCUUUGUAGAGCGAUUGGAGUCAAAGUUUCUUGGUGCCAAAAAGCCUGGCAAACCGUGGUAUAUUUGGGUUAUCAUUUAAGGUUUAGGGUUAAAGCGAAUUAUAGAAGAGCAAGCUUUUCCUUUAUCGGCUCUCAACAGUUUCUAUAAUUGAACUAGUUCAGUAGUUCAAUAGUUCAACAGCAUACUACCUGCACCUAAGAUCGUUGUAUGUCUACCCCAUUGCUGAUUUAUUCGCAUACUAGCCGCACCUAGGUAGAUCCUUGUAUUUCUCUUUUUUCUGAGCUAUGCGCAUAAGGGCAGCUGAGGUCAUUCUCGUUGUAUUCCAUCUUCCUCUUCUAUUAGAGUCUAUGCUCGUCUAUGUGUUAGAUCUAUUAGUGUCAUCGAAGCUAAUGGAGCAUACCUUGUUCUAACGUUCAGAUCCUUGUAGUUCAGAUCCUUGUAGCUCCGAUCCUUGUAGUUCAGCUCCAUUUCCAAUAGAAUCCAAAAAUAAGCUCCUGCUUCCUCCUCCUGCUCCUCCCACAUCUCCCGCUAAGCUAGCGCACUAGGAGCGGUUAUAGUGGUGCAGAUGAUAUUGAUGAUGUUAAGGCAACCGCUGAAGCAUCUUCUCAGCCUCUACCACCAUGAUCCAAGACUAUAGCUCAGAUUCUUAUGUUGUGUAAAGAAGGGGAGGAUAUGGCUCCCAGACUUUUGGAGGCAUGGCCCCUGCCUGUCGCAUGCCAGAAAUCUCUUAAUCUUAAUCUUGAGAUGCGAUCUGAUACGGCGGCCGCUCUAAGAAUACUCUGUUGCGGAUGCCUGUGCGGCGGUUCCGGGCCUAAGCGCAAAUCAGCUCCUGUAGCAGGCCGUAGAGCGGCUCUCGAUUCGGAUGACGAUGAUAUCGGCAACGUUCUUAUGGCUGAAAGUGAAGCAUUUGAGAGAACUCAAGUGACAGGCGUUUGACGAAGACGACUGAGGAGAAGGUCGGCUACUCGUGUGCUGGACUAGGCUGAAUGAAGUAGUGAAGUGGAGUCACAACGCAGAUCUUUGCGCGUGUGAUGAUAAUGAUCUUCAUGAUUGCUGAAGUGAUUGCUGGAAGCUUGUUUCUUCUUGUGUGUGAAAGUUGAAGUCACUCUUGUACUUAGUUGCUAAAUCUUCUAAAAUUCCGGCAGCUCCAUGCUGCGGAUGCUGCGGCCGUGGAGAAGUUAAGAAGUCAAGUUUUCCACUGCUGGCGAAAAAGCAAAGAGAAGGGCUUUUUUCUUAUAUCAGAGCAGAUCGAUGAUAAUCGAAAAAGCAAAGAGAAGGGCUUUUUUCUUAUAUCAGAGCAGAUCGAUGAUAAUCGAAAAAGCAAAGAGAAGGGCUUUUUUCUUAUAUAUCAGAGCAGAUCGAUGAUAAGUACUUAGACUACUCCAUGAUAUCAGACAAUCAAUCAAUGAGAUGAAAGAAAAGACUACUCAACAAGUGAUGAGUGAACAGGUGAACAGAAUCUUCUCCUACCAGGUUUAUAGCUUACUCCGACUAAGUAUUUAACAACUUCUGGGGGAGAACAGAAGCAUAGUAUAGUCCUAGGGACAAAGAUGCUUUACUUUUUGACAUAACCGGGUAGUUUUCCCUUAUUUUGAUCCCAGGCUUAAGCCUUUUUAUACAAGACAUUACUCACUUUCAUAACACUUUCAUCCCAGGCUUAAGCCUUUUUACACAAGACAUUACUCACUUUCAUAAUGAAGGACGACGCUCCGCAAUCGGGGAAGUUAGAAGAUUAAGGAACGACCAUAUCAUAGGAUCAAAGACAUAAUCUAGAGAGCGACAUCCUUCGUUUUACUCACUCACUACGGGGAUCAUUAGGAAAGACCAAAAUGCUAGACUUGCUAGGCACAUUCAUUCAUUCACUUGGAAACAUAGACACUUAGCCUCGUCAGAUCUCUAAAUGAAUCAGGGAUCAUUAGGAAAGAGCAAUCUACAAUUAUAGAAACUCAUUCUAACUUCCAGCAUUCAGCGAGUUUUUGCGGAGAGAGAAGAAACAGAAAAAACGACUAGAAGUUAUGAAACGCGGGAAAAUAAACUGUCGUGAAUCAAUAGGCAUGAGUUGAUGCGUUGAGGCGGAAUCGUGAACAUUUCGUACCUUAAUAUCCAUGUCACUCAGCUAGAUGACUUGCGCUGAGUUUCAACUGAAGAGCUUGAAUUUUUUGCACUUUCUUCUAUUUCCAAAUUAACUUAUCUCCCUAAUCUGAAAAUGGGUCUGAAGCCGCUGUACAGGAUGGACGACCCUGGCUCGCUUCCACCCAAGUCAAAAAAAGAGAAGAAGGCGUCCUUUAUGGCUCUCGUCUACUUGAUGUAUCAUAGAGAUAGAAUAUCAGUCUCUACGGUGAUCAAGAAGGAUCAUAACAGGGACAUACACAUGACAUUUAUUCUUGUACUUUGGAGGCCUACAUGGGCUUUAUGGCUCUCCUCGUACAGGGAGUUUCUUUAAAGAAGCUUGAGCUUCGAUUGAGGCUUUCGAGUUCGGUUAGCAACUGCUUAGAGAGUACUUAUUAUUCUUUUUAUUUCCCCCCUCCUCCACCACUCUUGUGCCUCCCUCUUUGUCUAGUCUUUGCAGUCCCUUCGGGUUGCAUCUUCAUCAUUAAUGCUACUAGUACUACUUCUGAUCUUCGUAUUAUUCUGUUAAUAUAGUCGUUCUCACUUAUCCUACCUGGUUCUUGAGCUGGAAGUUUUAAUAUUGACGAGAAGAGAGGAGUUUUUAUGUGCAAAAAGUGGACAAUAGAGUACAACGACCAGAAGGAGAAAUGAGGCUAAAGAAACCCGCUUCUAAUUCGACUGGUAAUGAUGGUCGUGCUACGGCUGCAUUCGCGCCUCUUGAGCGUCCAACGUCGAACAGGCCUACGUCGAACAGGCCUACGUGGAACGCACCAACGUCGAGCAGGCCUACGUCGAGCAGGCCUACGUCGAGCAGGCCUACGUCUUUCCGUCCUUAUGUAUACACCUGGUGUUUGAACCUCACGUACUUACGUAUAUUAAAGUAGAGUUUGUCCGUCCUCACGUAUAAAUAAUCUAGCUAAACUGCGACAGAGACCCACACAUGACGAAGGGUAGGCCUUUCUGGAGUUCUAGUACGCCUCUGUCACCUCUUGAAGAGGUUAUAACCUGCAGAAAGAAGAGAUUAUAACGGCCGAAGUAGAGGUCAUAACGCUGCGUCACCUCUUGCUGUAGGCAAAUUCAUCCAUCUAGAAGGUACCUCGCGAAGCGAGUAUCAGUUUUCCUUUUUCGUUUAUCCUUUUCGUCUUUCUCUUUCCCUCUGGAGAUCUGUACGAAGGAGCCACGUACUUGAUAUCAUCUGAGACUUACAAGCCUCGUCUUGGCUCCUCUAAGGUUUGGAGAAAUCGAAAAAGAAAAAGGAGGGCGAAGACGCAGGUGA